UAAUACAAAAAUUUGGUGGGAACAUCAGUCACAGGAAGAAUGGCAGAUGCAGCGUUUUCCAGGGAUGGAAAAUAUUAUUCUGCCCUGACUCAUGACGGCAGGUUAAGAAUAUGGGAUACAGAAACCAAUGUCCUCAAACAAGAGUACACUCCAGAUCUACAUUUAACCGCACCACCACUAUGUUUGCAAUGGAUAAGUGUCACACAAUCAGUUUCACCACAAAAAGGCGGUCGAAGGAAAUCAGUUAGUGAAAAUGAAACACAAGCAAUAGCAUUAGGAACAACCAGUGGAAAGAUUCUAUUAUAUUCUGUAGCACAAGGGAAAGUGGAAUCAGUGUUAGUUGACCAGAAAAAUCAUAUAAAUAACAAAGUAAAGAGUCUUGAUUGGCAUCGAAAGUAUGGAUUGUUAAGUUGUACAGGAGACAAUAGUGUCCAGGAAUGGGACCUGGAGACAGCUAAAGUUAGACAUAGGUACAAAAUAAAUGUUGAUAAUAAGAGUAAACAAACAAAUGGUGUAAGCGCAAUUAAAAUAAUUCCACACAGUGAGCAAACAUCAGCAAAAUAUAUCGUAGCAGCAUCAUGGCAACUCAGGAUAUGGCGUUUGCAAGACAAUCAGGCAACGUUAGUGAAGAAUUUAGGACACAAUGCAUCUCCAAAGGCAUUACUCUCCUUAGCAAUAUCAGGGAAGACUUGCUGGCUUAUAGAAGGAUCACAGAACGAAAGACUUCUAUCAUUCUGGGAUGUAACAAUCAUGGACGACCUAACUAAUGGUGAUGAACCAACACCAAACAAACGUCAAAGAAAGAAAUCUACCAGCGCACCGAUUGUGGCAACACCGACUUAUAACUUCGUUCUAGAGGAUGCUCCUAAAAUUAUUGACGUGAAUGUGCAAACUGAAGAAGGUGGUACCAAGUUACAGUUGGCUGCGGCAACAAGAAGUGGUGUUGUUCAUUAUUACGGACAUAUGCUUAAUGGCGCAUCAACAAAACCAAUAAAACCAUCAGUUACGGUACAAGUGACAACAGCUGAUGCCACUCCGCUGCCCCUUCAGUGCUGUUGUUUAACAACUACGGGAGAUUUACUUCUAGGAUAUACUAAUUCUAUUAUAUGGACGUUCGAACGACUUACGCCAGAUUUAAGUACAAAAACACAAGUUUUAAUACGAGGUGAUACGAAGGACAGAAAGAAACAGAAACAAACCAACGAAGUGAACAAAGUGCGUUCUGAUAGUAAGAAUGACGUCACAUACGUGGAGCCGAUGGGCGGUGUUACUAGGAAACGGACCACGCCCGGCGGACAGGUGGAAGUGUCUAUGGAAGCAAGACUUGCUAACUUAUCCCUAGAUGUGAAAAGUCCAGGAAAAUCAGCAGUUAAUCAGAACUUAACUAAGUUAUUGAUGCAAGGAUUACAUUCUAAUGACAAGAAUAUGAUACUGAGCGUGCUGCAGCGCGAGGAGGCGGGCGCGGCGCUGCGCACCACCGCGCGCCUGCCAGCGGACUGUCUGCCGCUGCUGCUGGACCAGCUCGCUGGCAUGGCCGCCAGGAGGACCAGCCAAUGUUCCCUAGCGUGUAUGUGGGCUAGUGCAGCGCUGCGCGCGCACUCCGCGCUGCUGCUGGCAGCUGCGCCGCCGCCGCUGGCGCAGCUGCUGGCCGUGCUCACACACAGACGUUCCCAUCUCUGUCAGCUGCUAAACUUGAAGGGUCGUCUAGAGCUGGCUACAGCACAGCGCUCCGCAGACCAAGAGGACAUCGACCAGGAACCUGUGCUGCAAUACGAUGAUUCUUCGUCUGGCGAGGAAAUGGAAACUGAAAAUUACCAGUCCGACGACAGUUUGCCCUCCUGGGAGGCGGGCGAGGGCGGGGAGGGCGGCGAGGGCGAGGCGGGCGGAGGGGACUCGGACAGUAUAGAGUCUGAUUGACAUUAUCUAAUA